CCCUGAUCUGCAGUCAAAUGUCUGAUAUCGAGCGAAGGCCCGUCGCCAAUUUUAUUUUAAAAUUUUCCCAAAAAUUUAAGUUUUAAGCCCAAAUUCUAUUCAAUAGUUAUGAAAUAGUGUACAGUGUAAAUUGUGAUCUAUAUAAUUUUUUCUUACGACAAUAAAACCAUCACAUGGCACGCGAUGUCCACCUUCAAUGGGACGAUGACGACCACUCUACCACAGACAGAGACAGCGAUGACAGCCCCAUACUUAACUACAGAUACGACAAACACCGUCGCUACGAAUACACCAUCCGCGAGCUCAAGCCAGAGCGAGAGAGGAGAUGGGCGGUGACGCUCGCCGCCAAGUGCUCUCUUUUCAGCACCGCCAUGAUCCUCUUCUGCGUUCUUCUGUACAUUCCUGUAUACAACAGGGCCAACGACCAGCUGCCUAAAGUGGCCGUGGCAGGCUGGUCAAUGCACACAAACCGGGAUACAAAAAUAUACGUCCAGCCAGACAAUGUGACAACUAUACACGAGCCGAAAGACGUAUGCCCCAAAGCCACCAGAAGUAAAACUAACAACCUAUUCCUACUAAUAGUGGUCUGUUCGUCCACUAGCAACUUUGACAGACGGACAGCUAUCAGAGAAACAUGGGGAAACUAUAAGAAUUACCUAAAAUCCGGCAAAAUUUUCAACGCAAUCAGAGAGAAGUACAGCAAAUAUAACUACACUUAUGAUCUGUACAAGGAGUCCAUUAACCCAAGGUUAAAUGUUAAUCUAAGUUUAAAUAAACUAGUUAGGAAGAAACGUGACAUAUCCGUGCUUGGCCGGGUCUUGCCAGAGUUGGCCAAGGCUUUGCAAAGCAAUUUGGCCAAUGACAACGCCAAUGAACGCCAGGAGAAAAGGUUUGAAGAUGAAAAAGAGGAGGUCUUGCCAGAGUUUGAUAUGGAAAAGGAGUUGGAUGAAAACGAUGAUUUGAAUAUGGAUUAUGAUUAUCCUUCGAACGUUAUGAAGAUACCUCCGAAAGGCUACGAAGAUAAUCCAGAUCUGGACGAAGUGUUGUCUAUGUUGAAAAAGUCAAAAGACUUCCCUAAAGAGGAGAUUUUGGAGGAAGAUCCUGGCAACACUGUAGAUUUUAAGCUGGUCUUCCUCCUGGGGUUGCCAUCUCAAGACAACGACACAUCGAUCCAGGACAAGAUCGAACAGGAAGUGGAGAAGUAUGGUGAUGUGAUUCAAGAGGGAUUCAUUGAUUCUUACAAUAAUUUGACGUUGAAAUCUAUUAUGAUGCUGAAAUGGGUGACUAACAAUUGCAAUGAGAGUGUCCGUUACAUCCUCAAAACUGAUGACGAUAUCUACGUGAAUAUCCCAAACUUGGUGCUCAACCUACGGAACCGCUCUCAAGUCCACGACAGCACCAAGGCUCAGGAGAAGGAGUAUUUGCUGAUAGGGGACCUUAUAUGUGGAGCCAGACCAGUUCAAGACGUUAGUAAUAAAUGGUACAGUCCACGCUACAUGUACGGCGGGCGGGUGUACCCCCGGUACCUGUCCGGUACGGGGUACGUAUUGUCAUCCCGUACCGCCGCGGUGCUGUACGAGGCGGCUCUACGUACCAGCUACUUCCAUCUGGAGGACAUCUAUAUCACUGGCAUGUGCGCAGUGAGAGCAAAACCGCGCAUAGUUCCACGCGACGAGCCUGGGUUCUCAUAUACCGCGGUAGGGAAUAAUGCCUGCGCCACACACUCGCACUUCACCGCGCACCGCGUCGAGCCGGCACACAUGCGACACAUCGCGACACGACUUUUGGAUACGCAACUUGUUGACAAAUGCGAAAGAAUGCGUCUUACGCAGGUGCAUUUAAGUCAAAGCCGAAUGUAUGUUGUAUACAAGUACCUCCAAUUAUUCGUCUCUAAUGAGUGCUGAGGAAUUCCUGUUUACGGUCACACACAGUCAGGUGAAUUCAAAGCCGCUUGCAGACUACGGCGUUCAGUGUUGCUAAAAUUAUAAAUUCUGAAAAAAAUCUAAUUUAAAAACUAUUUGUCACUAAAAGUUUACUAUAAGCUGAAAUCUGAAAAUAUAUUAUUAUGAAAUCCAUGUCAUUGGUGGGGAUAAUAUUUGACCUAAUACUGAAAAGAAAAGGGAACGAGUAUAAUUUUUUUCUCUUAUGAAUCUUAUUUUUAUCUCAACUUUAACUUAUUUUGAAAAAGUUACGCUUAGUUGAAGGGAAGGGCAUGGUUUUGCAGUUUUUGAAUGCGUUUUUGAAAACGGUUUUUUUGCUCACGUGUGUUCUACUCUUAAGGACUUUGAAGCUUUAAAUUUUCAAAAAUUAACUUUUCAGUGCUCAAAAAGAUCUCAAAGAGAUUAAUAUAUUUCUUUUUUUUUUUUUGAAUCUAUAAUUUUAAGUGCUCUUAUUUUUCUAACUUUAAAUUUUUAGUGAAAUUAUCUCGUAAUAAUUAGUUGAAAAUAAUUUAAUAUUUUAUCAUUUGACUGUAAAAAAUAUAAAAAUGUUUUUGCUAUGCAUAUAUUUCUUCCAAAUUUUAAAAUUUUAUUUUUGUUAUUUUUAUUCCAAUUGGUAACUAAAAUAUUUUUAAUGUGUGAAUACUUAGACAAUGCAGCUAUAUGCAAAAAAAUAUUUUUAUUCUAAAAUGCAGUUAUUGGGUUAUGAUUUUAAACAGUAGGAAAUUGUAAAUACAUUGACUAACGCAUAUUUUUUUAAAUUUUACUUUUAAUAAAAUAUUACUGUUCACGGGGCCCAAAUAUUGGCCUAGCGUGAGCUUUUUUGGAAAAAAUAAAAUAAAAUUCAAAAUUGAAUUACAAUUUUCAAAAUUUGCUUCGAGUUAUGACAAAAAAGCUUCUUUGAUUUCAUAAUCAUCUUUUAUUUAUCAUUUCAUUUGGUACAUCGCAUCUUCACAUGAUUCCAUAAUAGGUACCUAAUAUGUGUUUUUUAAAAUCCAGUUGUAUAAUUCCAAAUUUUCAGGUGUAUAAUUUACAUUUUUAGAGUGAAAACUAAAUUUUGUAAAAUUUCGUAUUAUUUAUUUCAACGGAGUAGAUAUUUUUUUAUAUGUUAAGCGAAAAUUGUAACUAUGUAUGUGUAGUUUUUACUCUUUUUACCAAAUUGUUCUCAUAUACUUAUUGGCAUUCCAUUUUUUUGAAAAUUUAAUAUUUUAGGAUUUACUUUAGGAUAUUAUUUGGUUCCUUAGGUACUUAUAGAAAAAUUACUUAUUGGACUUAAUGUUUAGGGUUUUUUAAAAAUCUUUUUUUUUUCAUUCCUAUGUAUAUUGCUCAAAAUUCAAAAUUUAUUUCA